AGUUUUUAAAUAUUCCGUGUUUUACUCAACGAACAGCUGCAAAAUGGCACUGAUAACGACUUAUUGGGGCCUGGACGGCAUGAUCAUUCUUACGACUCUCGUAAUAACUGCCUACCUUUAUAUGACACGCAAAUUCAAGUACUGGAAGAAACGGGGCAUUUUAGAAAUAACACCAAUGCCUUUCUUUGGCAAUUUCAAGGAGUGUCUAUUCCAGAAAAAAGCUCCGGGAUAUUUCCUAAAAGAUCUCUAUGAAGAAACGAAGGACCUACCCUAUGUGGGUUUCUAUGUGUUGGACAAACCCUUCCUGCUGGUUCGCGAUCGAGAACUUGUCAAGAAUAUUUUAGUGAAAGAUUUCAGUUACUUUUCUGACCGAUACAAUACGGCCGAUCCGGCCGAUCGCAUAGGUUAUGCUAAUCUCUUUUUUGUAAGAAAUCCAGCCUGGAAAGUAAUAAGAACAAAACUCACGCCAUUCUUCACAUCUGGCAAAAUGAAGAAAAUGUUCGAUUUGAUGUUAAUAUGUGUAAAGAAUUUAGAUGAAUAUCUCGAUGCACUAGAAUUGGAAGAUAACGGAAAGACGAUAGAAGUGAGAGAGUUAACCGCCAAAUUUGCUACGGAUAUAAUCGGAAGCACCGCUUAUGGACUUGAUGUGAAUUCAUUCAAAAAUCCGAAUGCAGAGUUUCGCAAAUACGGCAAGAUGAUAUUUCAUUAUGAUACAUAUCGCAGCUUUGAGAUGCUCGCAAUAUUUUUCCUUCCAACUAUAGUUCGUUUGACACGAAUAAAAAUGUUCGGCAAAGAGCCCACUGAUUUUAUGCGUAAAGUUUUUUGGGAGACACUAACUCAGCGUAUGAAAUCUGGUUUGAAGAGGAACGAUCUCAUCGAUAUUCUUCUCGAAUUAAAAAAUAAUAAUAAUAAUAAUGAUCAGGAUCUUAAAGAUUUCAAAUUCGAUGGUGAUGAUCUUGUGGCACAAGCAGCCAGUUUCUUCUCAGCUGGUUUUGAAACCUCUUCAACGACUACGACGUUCGCGUUGUAUGAACUCGCGAUGCAACCUAAAAUACAGAACACUCUGCGAAAAGAAAUCUUCGAGGCACUUGAGGAAUCUAAUGGAAAAAUUACAUACGAUAUGGUAUGGUCAUUACCAUAUCUCGAUAUGGUGAUGUCAGAAACAUUGAGAAUGUACCCGCCAUUGGGAUAUCUAAAUCGCAUGCCUAAUCAGACUUAUAAAGUGCCUGAGUUCAAUCUUGUAAUUGAAAAAGGUACACCGGUUUACAUUUCGAUGCUUGGCCUACAUUAUGAUCCAAAAUAUUUCCCCAAUCCCAACAAAUUCGAUCCAGAACGAUUCAAUGAGGAGAACAAACGUAACAGACCACCGUAUGUCUAUUUCCCAUUUGGAGAAGGUCCACAUUCAUGUAUAGGCAAUCGAUUCGGGCUCUUGCAAACGAAGCUAACACUACUUAAGGUCUUGAGCAAAUGCGAGGUGACACUGUGCAAAGAAACUCCGGUACCAGUAGUAAUUGAUCCAAGAGGAGCCAUGACAGUGCCGUUAAACGGUAUAUUGCACCUCAAUUUCCGAAAAAUUAAUACUAAUGUUAUUUAAAAUAUAUAAGAGAAUUUUUUAUUUUAAACCAUAAAUGUAUAAUAUAUUCCUUUAUACUAAAUACGUACUUUGAUAAGAAACUUGGAUAAAUAUGCGGUAUAAGGGACCACCCUCCAAUGACCUUGACCUUGACAUAUGUUAUCAAGGUCAUGAUCCUGAGUGAUUUUCAAUAGGUUUUACCCGACGCUCAUCCUUUGUUAAAAAGUUAUUAACAAAAGAAGUUUAACAAAAUAACGUCUCAUUUCUGCUACAACAAAGCGACUCUCACCCCUCUCCCUCCUUGGGCGCACGACUUCCACGCGAAGCGACUCUCAUUCCACCUCCCUCCUGCUUAGGGGCACACAACUUCCAUGCGAAGCAACUUGGCGAGAUGGGGUGGAACUCGCUUCGUAUAGAAAGUCGUGUACCCCCAAGCAGGGAGGGAGGUGGGGUGAGAGUCGCUUCGCGUAGAAGCCGUGCAUCCCUAAGCAGGGGGGAAGUGAGGUGAGAGUCGCUUCGCGUGGAAGUCGCGCGCCCCCCAGCAGGGGGAGGUGAGAGUCGCUUCGCGUGAAAAGUUAUAAAAUAUUUUUUAAAGCAGAAAAUUUUUGUUAUAUAGAGUCAAAAAGAAACAUCAUUUUUCAAAUUUUUUUGUUAAUAACUUUUUAACGAAGGACGAGCGCCGAGUAAAACCUGUUAGAGGUCACUCAGGGUUAUGACCUUGACAACAUAUAUCGAGAUUAAGUUCAUUAGAAGGUGGCUUAUACUGCUCUUAUACUGCACAU